GGGCAGUCAUCUGCUGUAUUCGUUCUCCAGGUUCCGGGGUGUAUUGCCAAUCUCGGCGACCGGGCCAGUAAGCAGGUGUCUAGGGCAGAGCAUCCACCCUUGCUGUCCGAACGGACCACGGACGCAUUAGGCUACACGCAAACAUCACAACAGAGAAGUCGAUCAUAUCGGGUCUCUGACGGACGGCGGACACACACCCCAGACACACACACACACACUCUCCACCCGCUCCUCCUCCCUGCAGCGCCCGCCUCCGCCUCCCCUCCUCCACCCCUACGCCAAUCGGACUGAGGACUCUAGAGAUGUGUGGACACUAAGCCUCGUCUCUCCAUGGCGUACCGGAAGAGGCCUGGACCCCAGGGGGUUGCCGUGGCGACCGAGCCCCCGUCUCCCCCGCGCCCUAGCUCCGCCCCCUACUCCUCGGAGGACCUCCCCCCUGAGGAGGAGACGCUGCGCGACCCCGAGGAGCCCGACCUGGAAGAGGAAGUGACACCUCCACCGCCGCAGCACCCCGACGACUCCGACCCCCAGGAGCCCGAGCUGCCCGACAGCCGGCCGGAGACGCCUGUCACGCCCGACCACACCCACGAGCACAGCGGCGGCGGUUGCCACGGUCACCACCACCACCACCAUCAGCACCAGCAUCAGCACCAUCACGGUGGCGGUUGCCACGGUCACGGCCACGCGCACGGCCGCGUGGACAGCCUGGACGACUCCAGCUCGGACUACGUGAACAACACGUCCGACGAGGACGAGGAAGAGGAUGAGGAGGAGGAGGACUACGACGAGGGCCUCCCCGAGGAAGACGAGGGGGUCACCUACUACAUCCGCUACUGCCCCGAGGACGACAGCUACCUGGAGGGCCCCGAGGCACCCCCGCUCCCCGUGACCACCCAGCCCACGGAGACGGACGACUGCCAGGAGGCGGUGGAGGAGUGGGUGGACGAGGGGGGGGACGUGGAACCGGAGGGCGACGAGGUUGGGGACGUUCUCCGCUGUGAGGUUCUUGAGCAGGACGCCGACGACCAGCAGCUGUACGACGGGAGACCCGAACCCGUUCUGGACCACCUGCGCCCUCAACAGCCUCCGCUCCACAGCGCCGACCUGCAGGAGGACAACGGUACCGCAGCCCCGGGGCAGGAGAGCGAGACGGUGGGGGAGGACUACCUGCCCAAUGAGGACGAGGAGGUGGAGGACGAAGAGGAGGACGAGGAGGACGAGGAUGACGACGGCAGGGGGGGGCCCACGAGGGCGUGGUGGUGGUGGGGGGGUCGGCGGCGGGCGAGGCGGGUGGAGAGGAGACGGAGGAGGACAUCGACCUGA